CUCCCUCUCCCCACACAAAAACUAGUUUCCUCACCAAACAACUUUUCCAAGUCAAGCCAACAAUUCCAAAGACAAUAAUGUUGGAAAAAGAUGCAUAGACUCCCUUCUCCCCACAAUAUAUAUCCCCACCCACCCAUUCAAUCUUUCAAACACCAUCAACAUUAAUUACUUUCAAAAGAGAAAGACAGGGAGAUGGGAAUCAAGAACAAGACAUUAAGAUGGAUUCUCCCCUCUUGUUUCAAGCCCACAAUCACCCACAAAAUGGAUCCAAGAAUCCAUGUCACAAUUCACAACUCCAAUUCAAGAAUCUCCCUCUUUGACAUAAGUGACCCUGCCUCCCCUCUCUGCCUAAGCGACCUCUCAAACUCCAAAUUCUCCUCAAAUCUUCACAUCUUCACACACUCGGAGCUCAGGCUCAUGACCAGCGACUUCUCCUCCGUCAACUUCCUAGGCGAGGGCGGGUUCGGGCCCGUGCACAAGGGCUUCGUCGGCGACAAGUGCCGGCCAGGCCUCGCCCCCCAGCCCGUCGCCGUCAAGCUCCUCGACCCCGACGGGGAUCAAGGCCACAGGGAAUGGCUGACAGAAGUAGUCCUUCUUGGGCAACUGAAACAUCCACACCUCGUGAAACUGUUAGGAUAUUGUUGCGAAGACGAGCAUCGGCUUCUUGUCUACGAGUACAUGGCCAGAGGCAAUCUCGAAAACCAACUAUUCCGAAGUAAGUUCUGUUACAUCUUGUGUUUGACAAUCAUCAUAACGAGCCAGAGUAAUUCACUUUUUUCCUCGAUUUUUUCCACAGGAUACACGUCGUUAGCAUGGAAAACUCGGAUCAAGAUCGCACUUGGGGCCGCAAGAGGAUUAGAUUUCCUCCACGGCGAAGAGAAACCAGUCAUCUACCGUGAUUUCAAGACUUCCAACAUCCUCCUCGACUCUGAUUACAACGCGAAGCUGUCCGACUUCGGGCUGGCCAAGGAUGGGCCAGAGGGAGACGAAACACACGUGUCAACGCGUAUAAUGGGUACCCACGGUUACGCUGCACCAGAGUACGUCAUGACAGGGCACUUGACAACGAAGAACGAUGUAUACAGCUUCGGAGUAGUCCUACUCGAGCUGCUCACUGGGAGGCGCACCACAGACAAAAAACGUCCUCCCAGGGAGCAGAACCUCGUUGACUGGGCUAAACCCUACUUGAAGGAUCACCACAAGCUCGAAUCCAUAAUAGACCAGCGCCUCGAAGGGCAGUACUCGAGCGAAGGAGCAAGAAAAGUAGCUGCAUUGGCUCACCAAUGCCUUAGCCACUCCCCUAAAACUAGGCCAACGAUGAGCCAUGUAGUCAAGAUCUUGGAGCUCAUCGCGCAGCUCACAGACGCGCCCUUUGUCUACAUCGCGCCUGCACAAGGCAGGGCGGAUGCAGAGAUCAAGGAGGAUGAAGAGGAAGAUGAGGAUGAGGGGAAGGCGAAGAAGGAGACGGGGCGAAAGCAGAGGAGGAAGAGAGGCUAUAGACACAAGCAUCCCAUACCCAUAAGGGUUCAUGGUGUCUAUACUGAUACUCAUUUGUAUAGAGCUUUCAAGAAUAAUGAGAUGAUUGGUGUAAGGAUUGAAGGGAGAUGAAAGUGGAAAUUUGAGUAAAUUUUUUGUUGAUUUUGGUGUACAUUGGUUGUGUAGAAAAUUUUGUACUUCUUUGAUGACCCUUUUGUUUGUGGGAAAAAAAUCAAGAAUUUGUCAUUUUUGAUCAUUUUAAUAGGGUUACCUUUUUGGGUUGUUUUGGAGAUUAA